AUGGGUCGCCACGAGAAACACCCGCACUCCGGCAGCGCUGCCUCUUGGAACACGCGCCCAUCGUUCGGACAGUGGUUUAAGGCGACAUGGCUAGAUAUCUUGACGAUGAUCAUCAUGGGCGCGAUUGGGUUGGGCGUAUACGAGGCUGACCCUGCACCUUCGAGGAGCUUCCCUGUGGAUUUCUAUGAUGGCGAAAUUGUGUACCCGGAAUUCUCGUAUCCUCUACGAAAGGAGAUCGUUCCAAUCUGGGCAGCAGCUCUCAUGGCUGCCCUGAUUCCGAUCGCCGUCUUUCUGAUCAUGCAAAUCCGAGUUCGAAGCUUUUGGGAUGUCAACAAUGCUACUAUCGGCCUCCUCUACUCUCUCAUUACAGCCGCUGUGUUCCAGGUAUUCCUUAAAUGGCUCAUCGGCGGUCUCCGACCACACUUCCUCUCCGUUUGCAAGCCUGCCGUCCCCGUCGAAGGCCUCCAGACCGGUACCGGUUUCCGUCAAAUCAUGUACGACCGAAAGGUCUGCACUGGCGACGAGAACCAGAUCAACGACUCUUUAGAGAGCUUCCCUUCCGGUCAUACCACAGCUGCAUUCGCUGGAUUCGUGUUCUUGUAUCUCUACCUCAACGCCAAGUUGAAGGUCUUCUCAAACUACCACCCAGCUAUGUGGAAGCUCAUUGCUAUCUAUGCUCCCAUUCUCGGCGCUGUGCUAAUCGGGGGUGCUUUGACUAUCGAUGAAUUCCACAACUGGUACGACAUCAUUGCGGGCGCAAUCAUCGGCACCCUAAUGGCCUUCAGUGGCUACAGAAUGACCUACGCAGCCAUUUGGGACUUCCGCUUCACCCACAUUCCCCUAAUGCGCCACGCCCCCUUCAUAUAUGGCGCCGGUCCCUCCACUUUCGACGGCUUUCACGACGCUGUCUGGACUCGCAAGGCCGGAUGGGGCCUGCAAGAAGGUGGGGCCUGGGGCGGUGCGCCUGGUGAUGCACACGACGGACCUCGUGGGACGAUGCCGGGCGCCGCUGCUACUGGCAACGGUACUGGCAAUCACUAUCGCCAUGGGUCUAAUGGUGCUGGAACUGGUGAUGUCCUUGGGAACGGGAGUCAUGCUGGACGGCAUUCGAUUGGUCGGAGACCAGUUCCGCCAGCGAAGCAUGGGCACGGGGAUAAUAUCGUCUGAUUUACCUUCAAGUGAAGUGUGGGUGCUCCGCGGAUCUGGAAGGAUGACACAGAGCUGAAUAUCAAACGACAUGAUUCUAUACAGGAGGGAGUUACUUCGGUUCAGAAUGAUCAGCAUGGCGUUCCUGGAACUUGAACUUGAACUGGGGGCGAGAUACCUACUUUGCUAUACAUAGCAAAAGUAACAAUACUUUAUUGGCUUCAUACAAUUCAAUCGUAAUCUUUUCAAAUUUCCG